AUGUCUGUCAAAACAAGGUGCUACAUCCUGCUGAGAGAUGCAGUAGAGCGGUUGUUCUCAGAGGUGGUGGGUAGGAGGAGAGCAGAGAUCCAGGGGAACCCCAAGAUCUCCCAGAGCCUGUUGGCCUUUCAGAGGUAUGGUGAUCAGGCAGCCAGAGGAAUCCCCAAGACCAGUCCUGGUAGAGGAGCAGGAGGGUUCUUCUCUGGAGUUCUCACUGCACUCACCUGUGUCGCGGUGAUGUUUCUGGUGUACCACUGGUCCAGUGGAGAUGGAGUCCAUGACCUCUUGGUCAGUAAGCCUGUGUCAAAAUGGACGCCGGAGGAGGUUCUGUUCUGGUUGGAACACCUCUGUCCUCUGUCUAUAAAGAACCCUUCCUACAGGAGAACGUAG